GGAUGCUCAAUGGCACAGACUCAUUUGGGCGUUGAGUUGUUGUCAUCUUGAAAGGCAGCUACAGCGAAGCCAGAAGUCAUGGCCUCCUUCAUCUUUUACUAUGAGGACCUGAACAUUACCAGCUACGGGAAUCAGACACACUACGUUGUGGAUCCAAAGACGUUAUCGUGUGAGAUAAAACCGCCGGCUCCGACAGCAGCUUUGACCCUAUGUGUCAUCCUCAUCGCCAUCUUUUUACUGGCAAUACCAGGGAACCUGUUGGUGGGGUGGGUGAUCGGCACCAGCAGACAGGCGCUGACUCCAUCGGAUGUGUACUUGUUUCACCUGACAAUAGCAGACGGUCUGAUGGCCCUAACCAUCCCAUUCUGGGCUGUGGCGCUGACUGAAGGAUGGAUCUUUGGAGACUUCAUGUGCAAGCUCCUCAGCCUCGUCACCGAUGCAAACUUCUACACCAGCAUCCUCUUCCUGGCCUGUAUUAGCAUCGAUCGUUACCUUGUGAUUGUGCAUGCCAGCGAGAGUCUCCGGAGUCGCCAGAGGAUGUGCAGCCGGCUCCUGUGUGCUGCAGUGUGGGCCCUCGGUUGGGCCCUUGCUCUGCCCGCGCUUUUCAACGAUGCCAUCGAGCAAAACUCGAGGAUGACUUGCAGCGAGACCUUUGACAUCGGCAGCGCCUCCUCAUGGAGGAUUGCCACUCGCGGGUUCCGCCACAUUUUCGGCUUCUUGCUCCCUCUGCUUGUCAUGGCAAUCUGCUACAGCGUCACCAUCGCGAGGCUGCUGCGCACCCGCAGUUUCAAGAAGCACCGGGCCAUGAAGGUGAUCAUAGCCGUGGUGAUUGUGUUUCUGCUGUGCUGGACGCCGUACCACAUCACCAUGAUGGUGGACACAGUCCAGAGGGCUGAUCUGAUACCGUUCAGCUGCACUUUGAAGAGAUCCGUGAACUUGGCCUUGGUUAUAACUAACAGCCUGGCUCUGUUCCACAGCUGCAUCAACCCGGUCCUCUACGCGUUCGUGGGAGAGAAGUUCAGGAACAAAAUGACCCAACUUGUACAGAGGAAAGCCAGACAGGAGAGGAUGUUGGGGUCAAAGUUUAGCAGGUCGACAUCUAACACAUCAGAAGGCAACGGAGCUCUUCUCUGAAACCGCAAUAGACUUUAAAAAAAUAUAUAUUUUGAUCAUUGUCCCUUUUCUGUUCUGAGCCAGAUAAAAAUGUCCAUCUGAAGCCAGAACAUCCUUGAAUAGAGGCUGUUAUAGUAUAUUUAGUGUCGCUAAUUCUCUACUUUUGAUUUGUGGUGCGCUGCUGCCAUCUAUUGACUUUCCUGUUGUCUACAUCCACUAUGAAACCCUUCAGAUUUCCAGCCUCUGAUUUGAUCAAGUCUCAGUUCAUUUUCUCAUCAAUUUCCAUUUUCCUUGCUCAAGAAUUGACCAGUAUUUGGUUAUGCUUGUUAGUGUCUUUAAUCGAAGAAUCUUGGACUGUAUGUUUUGCAGAAUUUAAGCCUUCACUCUUGACAGUGUUUUUAUCGUCCAGCUGAUAUUUCUGUGUUCAUUUAUAUAUGCUACAAAGUUUGUAAAUACUGCUGUCUUUUUCAGUAAAACUGCAAAUGCUAUUCACAUUCCAUGUGACAAGUUCAUCAUUACAAAUAAAAGGCGUUGCAAUA